CUGCGUUGUCGGAGGGAGCACGUAGUCGCGCCGGUCUCCCCGUCGUUCGUCACGGAAAAGGGGUCCCCUCCAUUUAACUUCGCGUGUUUGCAAAUGUCUCUGGUGAAGUAGUGCUGAAAGUUAGUUGCCAUCAAGAUAUAAAUUGAUUGACCGUAAAAUAGAUUGUGUUAAUUCUUAAGUGUGAAGUUGCAUAUUUGCACGGAAAUAAUUUCAUAAAUGUCAUGAUAAUGAAGACAGAUAACUGAACAACUUGUGGAACACUAACCAUACGUAGAAACAACUGUAGUUUGAAACCAGUGUUUAUAAGCAAAUCGAAUUUCCAUCCGACGUAGAAUGUGAACUUUCUCAACAUAAAAAGAAAAACGAGAAUACAAAAGUUGUUCAAAAGUGCAUCAGCGAGCAAGUGCCCAUCCAUGUACCAAUCAUGUCUCGAACUCGAACAUCAGGCUACAGUGUGAUGACGUCACACUUCUGCCAGCCAAUCAUAAAUACUGUUGAUGGUACAUGAGUUGUGAUUGGCUGACUGUGCCGCCAACAGAAUGCUGCCCACUAACGUCGUCUCAUUUAUGAAAAAGAUGGUUGCGUCCGACGGUACAGGAGGGGGCCAGGGACCCUUACUCGGAGGUGGAAUUCGGACUGAUGGGACUGAGGCAGGCACAGCGCUUUCGAAACUAAAACACACUCUCACGUCUGGGAUUCACGGCACAGUGACGAAACUCUCGCCGACUCGAUCCGGCCCCAACGCCAACCAGGAGGGCUCCCUGUCGUCUUCGUCGUCGUCGUCGUCGGCUGGAGUCGGUCCAACCGUCGCAGGUGUCGUCGAGGAGAGGUCGCUCCUGCAGAAGGUCUGGGAGAAGAACGAGAGGUUCGAUGCCACGACGGUAGAUUCCCGAAUUUUUAAACCUCCCCCAAUCACCACACCGACGGGACCUUCUGUAGGAGGGGGAUCCUUGUCCCCGGUGUCCUCCCCCGUAGGAUCCAAACAAGUGGAUGGAGGAUCCGUCCCUAUGCCCACGAGGCCCCACAGGGCCCCAGGGUCAUCAUGCAGAGUCUGUGUCAAGACGCUGGGAGAGAGCGAGUUCUACAAGAUCUGCUCGGAAUGCGGCAACAAAGUGUGUGAAGAUUGUGCCUCUUAUUCCACGCACGGAACCGAAACUGAAGAGAAAUGGAACUGCAGCAUCUGUCGUCGGCGUCUGUCGUCGAGAGUCAAAAACGAGCAACAACAGUCUGGCGAAGGGACGUCCCUGAGUGCUAAUGUUCCUCCUAUCAUGGCCUCCCCCCUCCCCACCCCUACCCCAGGGGGGGGCACCCCCCACUUCCAAGAGACCAAAAGUAUCCUCAAUAUCCUUCUCUAUCCUUCUCAGCCUGCGUCAGCCAACGCCAUUUCUGCAGCCGCGCCGCCUUCAGGAACUUCCUCAGUCUCUGCCGUCCCACCCUCCCUAGCCAACCAGGUCACCACUACGCCUUCCACGCCUACCACAGGAGAACCCCCAGCCACCAACGGCCUGGCUCACCGCAGGUCAAUGAAGGUCUGCGCCAAACAGAGGUCACUCGACAAGGCCAAGACCGUCGAGAGGUCAAGGUCACGGGACGAUUCCAAGGAUAGACGUCCGCCUUCGGCGCUUCCAGGGGAUGGAAGGAGACCGAGAGAUAAAUCUCGCGAGCGAGCUCCCGUACCCUGCAGACGAUCGGACAACGACGAGGAACCGCCGCGCGUCAGCUCGAGGGCGUCCUCCGUCAGGAGAGGGCGAAUGAGCGAUUACAUGCUCAGGGACGCCGCCGACGGGGACCACCUCAACUUCCAAAGGAUCCACGCGGCUCACAGCGAGACCGACGUCUCUAGGUCUCGCAAGCCCAGCUAUACCAACUUACCGAUGAACCGUCCUGUGGAUACCACCAGCAGUAGGACCAGCGUGGAGGACGCUCCCCAGGGGCGCCGCGAAUCCGAAUCCUCAGGAGACGAGGCCCUUGUGACGGAGAACUGGCACUCGAGGGGCCGCAGGAGGUCCAUCAUUCGACAGCAGUCUUACGAAGAGGAAGAUGCCGAAAGCGAGACCUUCGUCAGCGCUUCGAGCAAUUCCUUGACCCUGUGGGGAACUGGGGAGCUCCCCGCGAGGAGGCACUCGGCCCAGGACCCCGCCAGGAGGGAUGAUUCCCUCGAGGGGAGGAGGACGAGGGAUUCUCUGGACGUCCCCCAACACAGCCGGGUUCACAGACAUCACUCGUGGGACUACGAUGUUUCCAGGGAUACCCUGCCCAUAACGGGAAUCGUGGCCAGCGUUGGUAGUUCCCGUCACAGCAGUGAAAGUGACGUCAGCAGCGAGGCAGCCAGUGAAAGGGGAUCGACCACUGCCCUGACGGAGGACCGUCGGUUCUCCCGUACCUCAGUCAAGAGGAGGUCGUCCUACAGGGCCUCCAGGGUCAAGAAUCACGACCUCAACGACCCCUACGACGCUGAUGAUCAGUCAGGACCCUUGGAUUCCUCCCCGUCUCCCCUCUCCCCUGAGAUCCCCCUCAACCGGGAUGGAGGUGGGGGAGGAGGAGGGGGUGGAACUGCCCUCGCUUCAGGACCAAGCUCCCCCCGAAGGAGCGGAACUUCCAGCUUGGAUGAUGAACACUGGCUGCAUCCGACGGAUGACGAGUGGAGGACUGGGAGGAGGAGGUCUUCGAACGUAUCCGACAGCGGCCGGAUGCUGCCGACGCCACCCACCUCUCCUAGAAGCUCUUACCAGACUGCGCCCACGCCCACGCCCCCGCUGGUGGGCGGCGGUGGUGGAGGAGUCUUGGGGGGCGUCGUCCCAGGACCCGGGAGCGACGGGCGAGGGAGCAUCUCCAGGAUCACUCAGUCCCUCGAGGUCAACACGUCUCGCGACCUCAGCAUCGGCUCCGAGGACGGCCUCAAGAGGCAGAGUUCGGUGACGGAGGGAGAGACGAUACGGAUCGUCAUCCAUGACGUCGACCUCGACCACAGGAAAGGUGAGGGGCCGUUGCAAGGUUCUUCGCAUGCUAUGGAUAUGCCUCCCCAGCCCCCUCCCCAACCCCCACCUAACCUGCGGUCACCAUCCGUGGCUGCUCCGUUCCACACCACUGGCCGAGAAAGGAGAGUCAAAAUACAGAGGGAUAUGUCUGACACUGCUCACAGAACCCGAGGGCUCGGGAUGAGGGUCGUUGGUGGGAAGGUCGGUUCCGACGGGAGACUUUUCGCCUACGUCGUCUGGACCGUGCGAGGAGGACCGGCAGAGGCAGCGGGAGUCCUCCAGGGCGAUAAGGUCCUCGAGUGGAACGGCCUGGAACUCACGGACAGAAGCUUCGAGGAAGUGUGCAGCAUCAUGGACGACCUUGAUCCUCAGGAAGACACCGUUGACCUUCUGCUCGAGUCCAGCAAUGACCUAAGAUCGCUGGAUCACGGGGACGAUCCUAGUGCCUUAAUUCAGCAGAAGAAAGGAUCCCUGGAAGGUAGGAUCCCGUCAGAAGCGGACGAUAAAUCGCAGUCAAGCGCCCGGAGAAAAUUACCCAGAAUUCCCGGGGACCAAAUACGAGAACCGGUGACCGGGAAACUGCAAAUCCAGCUGUGGUACGACCAGGACAAAUCGCACCUUAUCGUGACCGUCGUUUCAGCCCACGACCUCCGCUUCAGGGACUCCUCAUCCUACUGCCCUCCGGAGGCCUUCGUCUGCCUGAGGCUCUAUCCUUUCGCCGACUGCAAGCUGUACUCGACGGGCGUUGCCGAGUCGUCGUGCAAACCCCUGUGGAACUCGUCCUUCAUCUGGGAGGGACUCACGGGAGACUCACUAAUGGCUCUCACUCUCGAGCUGUCGGUCUGGGAUUACGUCUCCGACACCGACAACGGGUUUUUGGGAGAGACUCUGAUCGACCUUCGGCACGCCUACUUGGACGAACGCCCCAUCUGGUACCGCCUGCAGGAGAGGAGGUCUCGCUCCGCCAACGCCACGCCCAGGGGAUCCAUUGCGUCGUACGAUUUCACGGCUCCUUCAUCCGUCAGGAGGCCGUCUUCGGUUCGUUCAGGGUCAGACGACAUCGACGCAGACGACAGCAGGAACUCCUCCCUCGACUCAGGACUCCUGCAUCCUGAUCUCGCCUGGAGGGAAUCAAGGUCACCCUCCAGAAGAGGCUCAUCUUUAAGCGAACAGGCAGAGAACGAGGUCUACCAACUGUCCCGCUCGUACCCUCACUCGCUGCCUCAGUCAAGGCGUUCCUCCGUAGCUUACCAGUCGUCCUCCAGCCCGGAGUUCAAAGCUGAAGACCUGGAGGAGAGGCUGACGGUGUCCGCGAGUCCGAUCGAGCGGCGUCGCAGCCACAGUUUCAGGGCCUCCUCCAGGGGUGAGUUCGCCGCGAAGGCCUCAGACGAACCACCCAGGGCGAGAAGGGCGACUCACUCGGCUCUCACCAGGUCACAUUCCCUCAAGGCUCCACACGCUGCUGACCAUCGGGCACGGAAAGGUGUUCCAGCCAGCAAUCGUCAGGAGGACGAGACCAGAGCCUGGAGCGUGACUGGGGACCACGCAUCCCCUGACCUUGGACCAGGUCAGGUCGUUCCCCGGGGGUAUAGAGACAUCCUCACAGAUGACUUCACGCUCGGGGAGAUCCGCCUGGCACUUACCUUGACCAAGGGUCAACUGGAGGUCGAGGUCAGCAGCGCUCGGGGACUCCCCACGGCCACGUCGGGUCAGGAUCCAGAUACCUACGUGAAGAUGUACCUGCGAGAUGGUGAGAAGCGCCUUCAGAAGCGGAAGACGCGGGUAGCCCGCCACAGCCGGACCCCUAAGUACCACCAGACGUUACGUUACACCGCACACGACGCCCUCGGACGCAGCCUGCUGGUGAUGGUGUGGGAGAGACAGAGGGGAUUCGAGCACAACCAGGCGAUCGGAGUGGCCGAGAUCAGCCUAUCGAAGCUGGAGAGGAACCAGCCUCUGGAGGGCUGGUACAGGCUCCUGCCCGUCACCAGCGUCAUGAGAGAAGAUUCGGAUUCGGCCGACAGCGUACGCUAAGGGGGAUUAAACGCCUUGAUGUAGAUUUUUCGGUUCUCGACUCUCUUUUGUUUUGGGGGGAUUUUCUUUUCGUCUAUAGAGAGGAGUGUACUUUUCGAAAGGAAGACGUCGAUCCUCUCGUACUUUUUUUACUACUUUAUAGAUAAGUGGGUUUAAGGAAGGAGAUCUCGAUCUUCUUUCUUAUUCCUAAUUUUGUUCUUCUUUAGAGAUAAGUGCGAUCCAGCCAAGAGGUUUUGAUUCUGUAUGCUUCCGUAAUGUGCGUCGUAACUGAGGAGGUUCUAUUAGCAGGUAAAUGACUGUUCAAGGAAAAGGGAAACUUUUGAUCAAAUCUUGAUGAGAAAAAAAAUAUUUUUCAAUUAAGUAAAUUACGCAAAUACGUAAAUUAAUAAGUUUAUCUUACCAGUGUGGACUACUUUGGUAACAAAAUGUGCAAAUUUAACUAUUGUGACCCCAACAUGGAAUUACAACAAGAGAGACCGAAGACUUCCAAAUUUAACCUGUUCUUGGUCAAUUGCAAAUUAAACAUUACUCAAAUUAAACAUUCCUACAACCUUAUUCUGAAGGAAAAAACCCUGACAAAUCAGCUGAUUCAUAGGAACUCUGAAAUUUGCGUCUCCUUGAACAAGAAUUAUUCCUUUUUCUGUUUCAAGACAUUAAGAUUUAUAAAUACAUGUACAGUAAAUUGCCAUUAUCAUUGUUAGUUAUUUAAUCAUAUUAGAAGGUUUAAGUUCUGUUAAAAUAAUAUAGAAGAACGGUUUGAAAAGAUGAAUUUAACUGUUAUUGUGUAUAAAAGCAUGGGACUGUUGGUGAUGAACCUGCAAUGAAUUCAGUUCAUUCAUUUUAUUUUUUCGUUUUCACGCUGACUGCUACUCUCAUCUGAACGCACAAAUGAAAACUUGUAUUCUCGGCCUUUUUCUAUGAUGUUGUGAUGUUUGGUAUUAAGAUUUAGGAAGCCUAUUUCCAUUUGUCUCAUAUGAAAUAUGCUCGUACCUCGUCAUAAGUAGAAUGUAUAUAUAUAUAUAUAUAUAUAUAUAUAUAUAUAUAUAUAUAUAUAUAUAUAUAUAUAUAUAUAUAUACAUAUUUAUAUAUAUACAUGUGUAUACAUUAUUCAUUAUUGUGUAUACAGUAUAAUACACACAAUUGUUCUUCUAUUACUACAUACUUGGCUCAAUAUUUAAAACACUUAUAAGCUGUAAACUAUUCUAAACUUUUUCUAUUCUGAAUUGUCCUUAACUGUUUUGAUAUUCUGUCUAGACUUGCGAUCAAUAUAUAUAUAUAUAUAUAUAUAUAUAUAUAUAUAUAUAUAUAUAUAUAUAUAUAUAUACACAGGUCAUAUAGCUGUAAGUUUCAUAGUAGCUAUGAAGGGGGCAUCUAGGAAAAGGUUGUACUUAUCUUCGAGCAACAGUUUAUUUUGCCGACGGCGUUUUGCAAUACCCCAUUGCAUCUUUAAGGCUGCAAAAAUAAUUACUUCAUAUAUUAUAACAAAAUUCAAAGAAAGUAAGUAAUUAAAAUCCACUAUAAGGACGGACGGAACCUACCUAAACUGAGUUUAAAAAAAUAAAAUAAAACAUGUAUAAGAGAAAGAGGGUAAGUAAAAGUUGAAACGCAGACCAAAAUAUAAACAAACAACAGGUUAUGAUAUAUAUAGGUGUGAGGAGGCUGUCUGGGUGUUUAACGUCCUUCACUAUAGUGUAUUCUAAAUUAUUAUUUGUUUGUUUGUGUUUUGUACAAGAAUUUUUUUUUUAAUUGCAUUCUUGAAGAUGCAAUGAGGUAUUGCGAAACGUCAUCGGCAAAACAAACUGCUGUUCAAAGAUACGAACUGCCUUUUCCUGGACGUCCCCUUGAUUAUAAUUAUAAUUAUAUAUAUA